UCUCCCUAUCUUUGAUUAUUCCUUUUCAGCAUCCUUUUACCGCCAGACUUCCUCCGACUGCCACACUUUUCUUGUGAAAUUUUGCCGAUAGGCUCCCUCUGGCCACCUGCAAAAAUGAACCACUACAUUAAAAAAAUCUACUAGUACACUGAUAUGUUGUACCAUUACACUUAAAUUCAGAUAUGAUAUUUGUACCAGUGCACUGGUAACGUUACCACUGCAAUUUAAACGCAGAUAUGACAUUUGUACCAGUGCAGUGGUAUCGCUAUACCAGUGCACUGGUACAAAUAUCAUAUAUGAGUUUAAGUGCAUUGGUACAAAAAUCAUAAUUGAAAAUCGAAAAGUCAGAUCUGGAAAAUGGAAAACUCAUCGGGAGAGGAACAUAGAAGAGGAGGGCGACGCAACGACGGGGGUUGGUGGCAGCGACGCCGGAGGAUGGUGACUGUAGGACGACGAUGACUGGAGAGAGGAGAAUGGUAGUGGAUGCGCUGGAGGAGGACAACGGCAGGAGGGAUGGUGGUGACGGCGAGUAGGACAAUGGACGACAACAGGGCGAGGACUGGUGACGUGGUGGUCGGGAAAAGUGGAGGAGUGGCGCAGGGGUGGUGGUGGAUUGCGGCGGCAGAGAAGGGGAGUCAGAGGUGGUGGUUGCACGGAGGGGAGAUGAGGAGAGUAAACGACAGCAACAAGAUGAGAGGAGGGAACAUAGAGGAAGAUGGCUAGAGUUAUAGGGAGUUUUUGUAUUAAAUAAUGAAGAGUUUUUUUAUCAAUAGAAAUUGUCAUUAUUAGAGUAUUUAUUAUGUCAACAAUAUUCAUUUAGUAUGUCACUUUCAUUAAUGCUUACUAAAUGAUUGAGAAAAAAAUGGACCAAUGAGAAAGGGGUGUCAAAAAUCAAACCCCAUUUUGGGUAGACACUGUAUCCUACCCCAGAGGGGUUUGAUUUUUGUAAUUUGUAUUUCAUUUCAUUUCAUUAGUAUGGAGGAUUUGAGAAUAUGUUAAUUGACAUGUGUUAAGUAAAUUAUUGUCAUGCAUAUGUGAAGAUUUGUGUUCUUUUAAAAAAUAUGAAACAUGUUUUAUAUUGAUUCUGAGAGCGCUCAUUACCCGAAAUAAACCCGAAGCCAACCGAACAUGACCCGACCCGUAACUUGAGGCCUCAACCCAACCCAAUUGCCCGGUCUAUAAAAUACUGGUGUCUAAUAAACAACAAUAUUUUUUUUCGAUCAACUUAAACAACAAUAUUAGACAUAACCGUAAAUCUCUAAUUUAUAAAAUCGUAGACAUAGCUGUAAAUGCUAAUAAUUGUCCAAAUCAAAGUUACAGAACUAUUACAUUGCUCAAAACAAAAGUAAAUUAAUUAACUAAUUAAGCUCCAUGCCAAAUUAGGAAAUUAACUAAUUACUCCCUAAUUUAACGUGCUAAAUUAACUAGCAAAACUCGGCAAAACUGAAAGCUAAUUAGAAAGCCAAAAACCAAAAGUUAAUGGGUAGUUUGGCCUUGCUGUAACUUUUGUAUAAGCCGCUUCUGACUGAAACUUUUAGAGAAGUACUUUUCAAAUAAUCAAAGUUUUUCGGGUUCGAGUUUUACCCUACCUGACAAGGUCGGAUUCGGGCGGAUAUUCACGAUUACAGAUAUUUUUGCCAUCUCUAGGUUAUGUGAAAUGACUAUAAAGGAUUUAUAAUUUAAAAUAUGAAUAAAAAUUUUAAACAAUAAAAAGUAGUCAAUAUAGAUCUUGUUAGAUUUCUUUUAUUAUAAUUAUGAUUUUAUAAUUUAUUUUGUUUUUAUAAUGAUAUAAAUGAAAUAAAAUUAUAUUUUUUAAAUAAUAUUAAAAUAUGGUAAGGAUAAUCUUGUAUCUUCAAAAUAGUUUUUCGUAGAAGCUCCAAAUCGGAGUUUUUGCUUUUAUGUUAUACAAAAACGCUUUUCAGCUUUUCAAAAACCGAGCUUUUAGAGGCAUUUAGCCAUGAUUCAACUUUUGAAGUCGAAAAACACUUCUAAAAUCCAGGCCAAACAUAGACAAUGUUCUGUGACAGGACUUUAGAUGUUUAGUUAGUUAUUGAAAAGUUAAUGGUUAAUAUGUGAUUAAGGAUAAUUAGUGUAUUAGUAUUAUUUUUAAAUAAAACUUAAAAUCAAAACAAAAUUAAAAUCAAAGUAUUUCCGUCCAUACUAAUCAAUUUUCCAUAUGUCAAUUUAUUAAUUGUGGGGGAGCACCACAUGGGAUGGGAUGACUUCUGUGGUGACUGGUGAGCAGAGAUCACCAAAGAAUUCCUCCUUUUAAGGGUUGCGAAAAUGGCAAGUUGGCAACCCAUUUAUUAGCCUUCCAUUCUCUUUUCUUUCUAUUUUCAAAUUAGUGGUACAUAUUGAUCUAAAGGCAAUUUUGAAAGAAAAACUUACUACAUGGAAUCCUUUCCCAUUUUCCAUAGAAUCCCUCUUUCUUAACAAAAAUAAAAUAAAAACUCAAAGCCCCCUUUAACAUCCCGAAUCUUUUCCCGACAAGAUACUGUCCGCUUUGGGCCUCUACACUUGCACGGUUUUCGACUUGGGGUGCAAUUCAAAGUAACUUUCUAUAAGGUCACUCAUCCUUGUUGUACUCCACAAUGAGCACGUUUAACUUUGGAGUUUUCACAAGAACUCCUCCAUUUCGCCCCAAAACGUGUCUCGUCAGGUAAGGCUGGUUUCCUACUUAUGAACCAUGGAUCUUUCUCGUGCUUUGUCGAUGUGGGAUGAGAAAUUUUACAAUGCUAUAUAGUAUUGGUGCUAUAGGGUUUUGCCUUUAUGGUACAACUUAAAAUUGUACAUUUACGUUAUGGUACAACUUCAUAUUGUACCUAUACUUUUUGUACAAAUUCUUUUAUGUACAACUUGAACUUGUACCUUUAUGUGAUGGUACAACUUCAAGUUGUAAAGUUGUAUCAUAACAUAAUGGUACAACCUAAACUUAUACAUUUAAUGUUAUGGUACAACUUUAAAUUGUACAUUAAAGCACCAUACUAUAUAGCAUAGUAGAAGUGCUCAUGUGGGAUUUGCCUAAGUUGUUACAUACCCCCCCCCCCCCCCCCGGGACUCAAGGUCCUCGUUGAGGUUUGCCCCACCAUCGUUCAAGAGGAACGCGGAGAGACUCUGAUACCACUUGUAACAUCCCGAACCUUUUCCCGACAAGAUACUGUCCGCUUUGGGCCUCUACACCUGCACGGUUUUCGACUUGGGGUGUAAUUCAAGGUGACUUCCCAUAAGGUCACCCAUCCUUGUUGUACUCCACAAUGAGCACGUUUAACUUCGGAGUUCUAACAAGAACUCCUCCAUUUCACCCCAAAACGCGUCUCGUCAGUUAAGGCCGGUUUCUUAUUUAUGAACCAUGUAUCUCUCCCGUGCUUUGUCGAUGUGGGAUUUUUCUAAGGUGUUACACCCCUUAUCUCUCCAUUCCCUUCGUCGUCCUCUUCAUCCCCUCUCACCCUAUCUAUAAGAAAAAACCGUAACUACUAAGGAGCUCCAUCUCCGUACUACUUGACGAAAAUCACUAUUACGAGACUGAUGGAGUGGUAAUUUUUUAAACGGGGUGUUACUUUUUGCAGGUGGCCGAAAGGAGUCUAACAUAAGGAUUUCACUCUAGAAAGUUGGUCGGAUUGAAGUGGUUGCUGGAAAAGGAAGGGAGAGUUAGAGAGAGAAAUGUAUUUAUUGUAGAAUUUAAAUUUAAAAAGAAUAAUGUGUUUAAUAGGAAUUUUUAAUUUCAAAAGUAUAAUUAAUACAUAAAAAAUUAAUUAAUAUGAUUUUUUGUAUACCCAAAUUACCAUUGGUUGUAAAAUUCACAACCCCUAUCACUCAAUAUUAUUAAGAAAACACAACAACCACAACCCUAAGAUGUCAACUAAGAAAUUUAAGAAUCCGUAUGGGCUUAGUGAAAUCACUAAAGUAACCCCUUAGUGACUAGGGAUGUCAGUUGAAUCCGAAUCUGUGGAUAAUCUACCCGACCCAACCCAGUCAAAGAGGGUAAAACCCUAUUUGACAGAUUGUGAGUCGGGUUCGGGUUUAAACCCGCUUUACUUUUUUUGUAGGCUGGGUUUGGGUAUAGCCAUAUCCAACCCAUGGAUACCUGCACCCAAGUUCAUACCCCCACGACCCACGAAACCCUUAACUAAUUAACUAUAAUUUUCAAACUUAUUUUUCACACGUUCAAUUAAUCAUAUUGUUUGUAUAUGUUUAUCUUUAAUAUUUAACAAUUAGUAUGAAUGAUUUGUGAGUUAGCGUGUAUGUAGUAGACAAUAGUAGUGAAAACUAGUGUAAUUACAUCUUUGUACAUGAGCCCAUGAGUACCCAUGAACCCGCGGAUACCCAGCGGGUUGGAUUGGGUUUGAGUUUUCCCAAUCUAGUGGAUUUUACCCCGAGUUUUUUGGUGGAUAAACCAAUGGGUUUGGGUAUGGCAUAUAACUCGCCCCAACCCGACCCAUUGCCAUCCCUAGUGACAGGGUCGUUUGAUUUUGGUGAUAGUUUAGGUGAGAUUGUUACAAUGUGUGCAUUGUUAACAAUGCAUCAUUUUUUUGGUUUAUUUACUUAAACAAUACAACCAUUGUUUGUUGAUUGGAUGGAAGCUACCACUAAAAAUGAGUGAAAGUAAUAUCUCUACUAAAACUUGAGAUUGUUGAGAUAGUUUGAACGAGAUUAUUGACUUCCUUUUUUGUUCCAAGUAUACCCCUAGUUAUAUAUAUGUUCUCAUAAAAGUAAGGGUAAAAGUGAUAUUUCCCACAAAAAUAAUGUAACUUGUUAAAUACUAAAACAACUAUCACCAAAACCAAACAAUGUAAAGUACAUUACAUAAUUUUCCUUAAUGCAUGUAUAUUACAAUGCAUUCAUUGAUGAGAGACAUGUUACGGUGAUUACUAUUUUAUAGAAAUCACAAAUAGUAAUCACCGUGGUUACUAAAGACAAACUAGGUAUGCCAAAAAAUUAUUAAUGACUUUUUUUAACAAAUUACAUUUUAGAAA